AUGGCUUCACGACGAGAACCACCUGACCUGGCCGCCUUGCUACGGCAAAAGAAGGCCCAGGAGGAAGCCGCCUCAAAACCGCGAUUUAUCUCCAAGAAAGAACGCGAGCGCCUCGCCGCCGAAAAGAAGGCCAAAGAAGAGGAGGAACUGAAACGAAAAGAGACAACAUUGGAGAAUGGCCAUUCCAAUGGCAGUUCUCAGCCAUUACGGCCUCGAAAUGAAAUUCCGACUGGCCCUAAGGCGAUGCGAGCGGACGACCGAGGAAACAGGCAAGGCGACAGACGAGAGGGCGACAGGCGAGAUGAUGACCGGGGCCCGCAUCGCGCCGGAGCAAAGCGCGGCGCCCCCAUGGAUGACGAAGGGCGGCGGACGAAGAUGGAAAUGAACGACGAGGCCGAGUUGCGCGCCAAAUAUAUGGGGCCUGUUGUCAACCAGUCUACCUUCUCGGCUAAGAAGAAGAGAAGGAGAACGGCCGCGAAUAAGUUCAACUUCGAUUGGGACCCAGAUGAUGAUACGAGCCGACCGGAUGAUCCUAUCUACAAAGACCGCCUCGAACCAGUAUUCAAGCGUGGGGGCGAAGAGUCGACCGACGAGCUUGUAAGAAGAAAGGCGGAGGCUAUCCGGCGUGGAGAUCCAGAAACGGGAGAGGAGCGUGCCAGACAGCUUCUCGAACAGCACGAGCGCGCCAAGCAAGCAGCUAAACGCAAGGCUUUGGGCUCACAUUGGUCGGAGAAGAGACUGGAGGAGAUGAAGGAGCGUGACUGGCGCAUCUUCAAGGAGAAUUUUGGCAUUGCCACCAAGGGCGGUGCUAUUCCGAACCCUAUGCGUAGCUGGGAAGAGUCGAAUCUGCCACGGAGGCUACUGAAUAUCGUUCACGAUGUUGGCUACGACGAGCCAUCGCCUAUCCAAAGGGCGUCUAUUCCUAUUGCUCUCCAGGCCAGAGACUUGAUCGGUGUGGCCGUUACCGGUUCCGGUAAAACAGCAGCUUUUUUGCUGCCGUUGUUGGUAUACAUUUCUGAGCUCCCGCCCUUGAACGAUGUCAACAAGAACGACGGUCCAUACGCCCUUAUUCUUGCCCCGACGAGAGAAUUGGUACAACAAAUUGAGAACGAAGCUCGGAAGUUUGCCACGCCCCUCGGGUUCACUGUCGUUAGCAUUGUUGGUGGUCACUCUCUGGAAGAACAAGCCUACGCUCUCCGCAACGGAGCAGAGAUUAUCGUUGCUACGCCAGGUCGUCUGGUCGACUGCCUUGAAAGACGACUUUUGGUCUUUACUCAGUGCUGCUACAUCAUCAUGGAUGAAGCCGAUCGCAUGAUCGACCAAGGUUUCGAAGAACCCCUGACCAAGAUUCUGGACGCACUCCCAGUCACCAACGAGAAGCCAGAUACGGAAGAGGCCGAGAAUCCCCAGCUCAUGAAGAAAUAUCUGGGUGGAAAAGACCGUUACCGUCAGACGAUGAUGUACACAGCUACGAUGCCUCCACUGGUGGAAAGGAUCGCCAAAAAAUACCUACGUCGCCCAGCCAUCGUCACUAUCGGCAACGCAGGCGAAGCCGUCGAUACUGUUGAGCAACGCGUCGAGUUCAUCGCCGGCGAAGACAAAAGGAAGAACAGACUUCGGGAGAUUCUCAACUCGGGCCAGUUCAAGCCGCCCAUCAUUGUCUUUGUCAACAUCAAGCGAAACUGCGAGAUGGUCGCCAAGGAUAUCAAGUCUUGGGGCUUCUCCACGACGACACUUCACGGCAGUAAGACGCAGGAGCAGCGUGAGGCUUCGCUUGCGUCGGUGCGGAACGGCCAGUCGAGCAUUUUGGUGGCGACAGAUUUGGCCGGUCGUGGUAUUGAUGUGCCGGAUGUGAGCUUGGUUGUCAACUUUAACAUGCCGUCGAGCAUUGAGAGCUACACGCAUCGUAUUGGUCGUACGGGUCGUGCGGGCAAGAGUGGUGUGGCUAUUACGUUUUUGGGUAAUGAGGAUACGGAGGUGAUGUAUGACCUGAAGCAGAUUAUCUCCAAGUCGAGUAUUUCUAAGGUGCCGGAUGAGUUGAGGAGGCAUGAGGCUGCGCAGAGUAAGCCACAGAGGGGGCAGAAGAAGGUGGAGGAUAGUGGUGGGUUUGGAGGCAAGGGGGGAUGGCAGUAG